UAAAGUAAUCAGUCUUUCUUCGUUAUAUACGUAGGUGAUAAAGAUGUAAUCUUUCACAACAAAAAUAAUACGAUGACUAUGUUGAAUGCAACAAAUUUAUAAAAAAAGAUAUCCGCUGUAUCUGUCUAUCGUGGAAACAUCAGCUGCCUGGAUUAUACGUGUAAAAUCUUUGAAGCUCGUGAUUUUGGUACAACUGACGUGAUGUAAAAAGUCUACGCAUGCGUACUUCCAUCAUUUAAAUAUGACCCACCGCCAUCUAAUAGAGUAAAGUAAAGUAAAAUCAUUUAAAUAUAAUUUGUUGAAUCACUCAUUGUAAAUCUUUAAUGCCGUUGUUAGAAAUUUUGUAUUUAUUGUACGCUCAAUUUAGAGUACGCGAUGAAAUCAUAUGCCCUAUCGAGUUUUAAAUAUAUGGCGUGAUUUACAUAUAAAUGUCAUACCUAUAAUGGAAUGAAAACAACAUUUUAAAGCAGUAGGAACACAGCAUUUCUUGCGAUAUAUAUUCAGUAAAAUUAUUGAAUUAGUUCGUUAUCAAUACAGUAACUUUGUAAAUUCAAACUGCGCACAAUGGCAGUGAUUAAAAUUUCUUUAGUACCGGUGUAGGUAAUCUUACGAUAACGCUAUAUUUAUAUAUUGUAUCUAUGUACAUGGCCGCACACCAUUGCAUUUAUAUAAUAAAACCACGAACUCGUGCUACACCAGUGCAAAAGUCAUUUCAAAAAGUCACGUGAUCUGCUCCAAAACAUGCCAAUUGGUCGACAAGCCAGUACAUAAUCCAAUCGCGAUCAGUGCUCUUGCGAGGAGACAUGUAGGUAAACGUACCUACACAUAGGUGUACACACACAUCUCGUGAGCGAGAGAGAGAGAGAGAGGGCGAGAGCGGAAUGCACGUCGAAGUGGGAAAACCGUAUGCGCCGAGGAAGUGAAUAAUGGAAGAGUCGUGAAGGGACUGCUCUUGCCAUCCUCGUCCCAGCCGUGUGCGUGUUGUAUGUGUGUGACUCGUCGUCCCGUCAAUUUAAUCCUCUUCCAUCGCGUAUAGUCAAUAAUAUCUUUACCCUCGCAAGUGCGCGCAAGACAAGCAAUAGUUGAAAAUUACGUGAAAAGUGUCUCUCUGCUUGCGUGUGUGUGUGUUAUAAGUGUUAGCUUUCGCUUGAGAGCGCGAGAUCGUCGUGCGCGAGGAGAAAACGACGGUGUAGCGGCCAACGGCUCGAGCAGGUGUCCGUGACGUCAUGUCCAACAUGCCAAUACUCACUGCAUCGAAAUGCGGCUGUUUUGAUUCACACUAGCCGAGCUUAGCGAGCGAGCCUGAGAGAAAAAAGACAGAUAGAAAGAGAGAGAGAGAGAGAGAGAGAGAGAGAGAGAGAGAACGAACGAACGAAGAAGGCUGCUACUACACACGUACACAGUACAACGCAACGGGGGAGUCACUAUAUUGACUCAUGCAUUGAUUUGCGUUUCCACGCUUUUCAUCCACAGUCUUAAGCUUAGCACACACACAUCACCAAGAUGUCCAAACAUAAACUUCACCACCAGGUUAACAGCAAUGUCGUGGCUGUUAAGAGCAAGUUUGAUGCUGAUAUCAUUAGAUUUUCCAUCAACCGUAAUGACUCCACUAGCUACGAAGACUUCAGAAAAUUACUGGCCGAGAGACAUGAGAUAGGCCCUGAUUUGAAGUUUAACAUUUGGUACACAGAUCCUACAGAUGGGGAUCUCCUUCCUAUUAAUAAUGAUAAUAAUCUAGCAAGGGCAAUAGUUGCUGCUAAGCCUCUUUUGAGAAUUCUUAUUCAAAGGCAAGGAGAAGGAUUGGAGGAUAUGAAUGGAACCAGUACAAUAAAGCAUAAGCAUAACUUGAUAUCCAGUAUCUUAGGUGGAACACCUGGCAAGCCAAAACCACUUGCCAUUUCAAAUCCUCAUGAUUUCAGACAGGUGUCAGCAAUCAUUGAUGUUGAUAUUCUGCCUGAAACCUGUCGCAGAGUGAAACUUUUAAAACAUGGCUUGGACAAGCCACUUGGUUUUUACAUCAAGGAUGGUGACAGCUAUAGAGUUGGUCCUAAUGGUGGAAUCGAAAAAGUUCCUGGCGUUUUUAUAAGUAGACUAGUACCAGGAGGUUUGGCUGAGGGCACUGGCCUGUUGGCUGUAAAUGAUGAGGUGCUAGAGGUCAAUGGUAUCGAGGUGGCUGGUAAAACCUUAGAUCAAGUAACGGACAUGAUGAUCGCGAAUUCAUCCAACCUAAUAAUCACAGUGAAACCUGCAAAUCAAAGAGCCGCGUUGUCUGUGCCCCGUCGAGGUUCGUUCUCGCGCAACAGUCAACUCUCGUCGGGUAGUCAGCAGUCGAUGCAAAGUGCAGCCACUGGAAGCGACGAGGAUGCUGACGAGAUCGUAGAUUUGACUGGAGUCAAUUUGCAUGACGAUGCAACAAGUUCGUCUCAUCAAUCGCAUCAUCAUCAUCAUCACCACAACCAUCGUUUUAGUCACCACGACCAGGGUGUUCUUCAUCUCUGAAUGUCUUUGUCUGAUUAUUCACCCGUAUUUCAAACAUGCAUCUGAAAAUACUCUUACGGAAAAGGCAGGUAAUCAAUUAGCUUUCUCAAACCGACGCGAAUGUGUUCGCUAAAUUGGGUACACUAUAUAAAACACAGUGCCUCGAAAAACAAGAAAAAUUAGUCCAUCAGUAAAAAAAAGAGUCUUAAAGCGAGAAAAGAAAACACUAUUUUUCUAUAAAAAUGUUUGUUCUAAUGAAUAUUUAAGGGCAAUAAUUACUUAAACAAGAUAUCAAAUAUUUUUAUUGUUGAAUAAUGACACUUGUGGAGAAAAAAAUCUUUGAUCAAACAUUUAUGAAUAUUUCGCAUCUUGUAGAGGAUCGUUGACUAGUAAUAAAUUGACGAUCACAAUGCCAUGUGCUGAUUUAUAAGGUGCAAAGAUAUACUAAUGAAAGUCGCCAACUAUUGUACAUUGUCAAAUGUAAAACAUUGCCUCGAACAACAAUAAUGGAUAAAUAAAAAGUUCGUAGGCAAGGUUAGCUCGCGAAUUAAAAAAUAACGUGGCUUUUGCCAAACUUGAGUUAGGUAAUGCAAUGAUAUUUAAUCAUCUAUUAGAGAAAUAUCCAAAACCAACUUAGCAAUAUCACGACUGUCAUUCAGGUAUUGUUAAGAUUAUUAUAUUCAGCGAUCGAUUUGUCAAUGUAUAUUAUUUAGUACUUAAUUAUUUUAUGGGAUAUUUUGAGCGUACUUAAAGAGUACAUGUAUUAUUGCAAUUUAUCGGAUGCCACGACAGUAGGAUUUUUCCAAAUCAAACUUAGUUUUUUACUUGUGUUUUUAGAAAUUGUUUUUUUACAUCAUCAUUUUACAAGUUAAUCAAUUUCACUCGUAAAAAUCUCGUUACCUUGUCUAGAAUGUACCACGUAAAUGCUACGUUAAUUAUCGUUAUAAUUGUUUAUAUCUUACGUCUCCAUUUUUUUUGCACAAACAGUGAAAGAAUUUGAUAUUUGUUUAGAUUGGAAUUUCUGUGAUGAUUUUUACGUAUGCUUUAAUAUUCAUGGCUUGCAGCUGAAAUAAUUAAUUCAUUCGAUAUAAUUUUAGUAUUCUAAUUAACUCACGUGGAAUAUACCGAUUGUAUAAUCUAUGGUGUAACUUUUAAUUUAUAUUUUUUACAUUUGAAAUACAUGGACGUAAAUGUUGAUUUGAAAUAAUGCAUUUUCAUACAUCGAUUUCUUUAGAAUUAUAUUUACAAUUUAAAAUCUUCAUUGUUACUCAUUUUACCAUGUAUAUGCUUGUCUAUCAUUUAUUAAAAUCAGGGCAUAAACUACAAAAAUCUUAUUAAUCAAAAAUGAAAUAAUGAAAUCUAGAUAUUUAAUAUUUUUUCUCGUUUACGUCUAUAUGAUACAUUCGCACUCACACAAUAACAAAUAAAAAAUCACUUUAGGUAAAACAUUCUAUUAAUAUCUGGUAAUUGUAUAUAAAUAAAAGGACGUAUUUCAAUAGAUUAAUUAACAACAGAGGCCUUUAUCGAAUAUAUAUUUGUAAAUAAGUAGAGGUAUUGAGAAUCGAUUAGCUCGAAAAGAACUAUUAUAUAUCAACUGAAAUCAAAUUUGACCAGUCGAAAAUACACGUUCUUGUUGCAAAAUGUAAUGUUAAAGAACAACUUGUAAUCGCUCUUUUCUGCGAAGUAGUUUCGAGAAAAAAAAACGAUAAAACCUUCUCUUCCGUUAAAAUAAUCGCACUCGUGUUUCUCAAAAAAGGCGAAGGUUUUUAUGAGGUGUCGUGUACUUCUUAGCAUGUUGAAGUUUUCGAAUUUUAAAUCCUUAUACUUUUUUAAACGAAUGUGUUAAUUGUUAUCUGAUAAGCAAUAGAUAUUAAAUUGUAUAAAUGAAAAGAACAAAUUUUUUUAACUCUAUGCGCAGCGUUUUUGUCACCCUGCAGCUAUAUAAGACAUAUUUAAAAAUAUGCAUUAUUGAUUAAUACUAUAUAUUAUAUUAUGAUUAUAUAAUGUAAUAGAAGAUUAAUUGUUUUGCUAUCCAUGUACUUAUUCGCGCGAAAAGAAGAAAAUGGACAUUAAAAGGUCCAAUCAUGUCGACCGAUAUUGCGGUAACAACUUUUAUUUUUCCACAAAAAGAUGAAGUAAAACUUAAUGAAUUUAGAGUUUGAUUUUUUUACCACACACGACUAAUAAAACGUAACGUAAAAAAGCUGCGCCUUUUAUCUCUCCCCAGUAACAGAGUUGGUGAGUGCGAUCUUACGUUGAUUAAUAAAAAGUCAUAGGAGAUAUAUCUACUAUAUAUUAUAUAUUCUUAUGUGAAUAUUAUUGCGAUUCGUUAUAAACCUGCUGCCGUCAAGUUGCGUACUACUGUCGAUCUUUUCUUUUAUCUUGAAAAAAUAUAUACGUGAGUGCAGUUUACGUAGACUUUUUUACAAGAGUCAUCGCACUUAUAUGUUAUUUUUUUUCCCUGAACUGAUUCGAAAAUCAGAAAAAUUUUUCGAAAGUAUUAUGAUUGUAUAGAGAAAGACUUAGCGAUUUUUGUAUUGAUAUUGCGAUGGCAGCUGAUGGGAA